UGGAAGAAGAAGACAUGGAUGAAAUUCUCGGUGUUGCUUACUGCGUUGCAAGAUUUCCCUCAUGGCCUGAAGGGAUUUUUCUUGGGUUUCUGCAUUGCGUGGUUGAGGUUGGGACCAUUGCCAUGGCUUCCCGCAUCCUUGUCCCUUUGCUGGGUGGUGGCAAUGAGGAGAAGGCUGAAAUGAUAGAGACUAUACUUUUCGUUGCGGCGAUUAACACACUGCUGCAAACGUGGUUUGGAACACGUCUUCCUGUUGUAAUGGGACCAUCCUACACUUUCCUAGUUCCUGCUGUGUCCAUUGCUGUUUCCAAGAGGAUGAGUGUGUUUGAAGAUCCGCAUCAGAGGUUUAUACAUUCGAUGAGAGCCAUUCAGGGGGCACUCAUUGCUGCAUCGUGUUUUCAAAUGAGUGUCGGAUUUUUAGGAUUUUGGAGGAUUUUCGCCAGGUGUCUGAGCCCGCUUAGUGUGGUUCCUCUUGUCACUCUCACUGGCCUCGGACUCUCCUUAUCAAUAUUUCCAACAAUACUACAUUGUCCUGAGAUUGCUCUGCCAGCAUUAUUCAUUCUCGUCUUGUUCCAGUACAUUGCUCAAAGGAUGAAAUCAAGAGGAGUUAAUCGAUUUGCAAUCAUAGUUUCAAUUGUAAUUUCAUGGGCAUUUGCUGAAUUUCUUUCUGCAAUUGGAGCAUGCAAAGAAACAUCGGUUGAAAUUCAAAUGACUUGUUUUACAAAUCGAUCUGCUUUAAUUACUGCUGCUCCCUGGAUAAGAGUUCCACGUCCGUUUAAAUGGGGAAGCCCUUCUUUUAAUGCUGGUGAUAUUUUUGCUAUGGUUUCUGCUUCUCUUGUUGCAACUGUAGAGUCAACAGGGACAUUCAUUGCAGCAUCAAGAUUAGGUAAAGCAACCCCUAUUCCACCAUCUGUGCUUGGUCGUGGUGUUGGCUGGCUGGGCAUAGGUACUCUCUUGGAUGGAUUUUUUGGCACUGGAACUGGAUCCACUGCAUCAGUUGCAAAUGCAGGACUCUUGGGUUUAACACGAGUAGGAAGUCGCAGAGUCAUACAAAUAUCAGCUGGAUUCAUGCUUUUCUUCUCUAUAUUAGGAAAAUUUGGAGCAUUUCUUGCAUCAGUGCCUUUCCCUAUUGUAGCAGCUAUUUACUGCAUUCUCUUUGCCUUCGUAGCAUCCGCUGGCCUUGGUUUUCUUCAAUUCUGCAAUCUUAACAGUUAUAGGUCAAUGUUCAUCCUUGGACUUUCUCUCUGCAUCGGUUUAUCUGUUCCACAGUAUUUCAACGAGUAUCUGUUGCUACCCAAACAUGGUCGUCUCCAUACAGGCUCCACUGGGUUCAACAACACAGUGCAAGUGCUUCUCUCAUCCCCAGCAACUGUGGCAGUAGUAGUUGCUUACUUCUUGGAUUUAAUUCUGCGUCGUGGAGACGCCUCAGCUCGGCGAGACAGUGGGAGACACUGGUGGGAAAAAUUCAGGAGCUUCAACCAGGAUACUAGAAGUGAAGAGUUCUAUUCACUUCCUUUGAAGCUGAACAAAAUUUUCCCCUCAAUUUGAGUGCACUUCCACCUCAAAAUGAACAAGAGGAAAUCUAUAUUUCUCAGGACAAUCUUUCUAUGUAUAAAUAUAGUACAACAUAUCAUCGUAUCUCAAACUGAAGUAGUAUGAAUAAGAAAGAUUUAGAACAAAAGAGUUGUGGUUUAUGGCAAUACUAACUUGCAUGCAUGUUUUUGUCUUACAAGUCUAUGUACUUGAAGCGGUAUAUUCUCUGCAUUAGGAAUGUUUACAGAACCUUAGUAUACUUACUUGACUCUGCUGAGUUAUUUUAAUCGGACCUUAUGUUUUACCAGGCACCCCUGCCUGGGCUGUGAGGGUGUGAAUGUAGUGUCUUUUGGGAUUGAAGCUUGAAAUUGAGUCCAAACUCAAAGUGGAAAACACAUGAAAACGAUAAUGAUGUAUGAAAUCAAAGGACUAAAU